UAGAGUGUACUGCUAACCAUGUAACAUGACAAGCUAGUGUUUCAUAAUUGUGCAGCACAAGAGUGACUCAAAUGACAGAUGUUCUUACUGAUAAAAGUUCAGCUGAAGAUGCAAGUGAUUCAUCAAUUUUAUACUGUUUCUUCAAUAUCCUGUCAAAAAAGAAUACAAAAGCCAGUAAAUAAAUAAAUAAUAAAGGAAGCAGGCAUCAAGUAUUGCCAAGAAUUUCUGAAUUAAUUUCUUCUUUAACUCAAAGGAGGAGCCUGGGAAACUGACAAAUAUAAAGAGUGUUUGUGUAAGACUGAAGAACACGAACGAUUUAAAGAGAAAAUACUAGCAAAUCUCUUCAGUGAUCUACUGAAAAAAGAUUGAGAAGAUGGCAAUGAAGGUGUUUGCUGUGGCUCUGCUCUCUGUUUUAAUGGGGUUUAUGGUGUCCAUUUCUGAUGGAUUCCAACCAGUCGACUGUUCUGAACUUUAUAAAUCAGGAGAAACAGUGAGUGGGAUCUACUCCAUCUAUCCAGCAGGUGACAUUCCUGUCUGGGUUUACUGUGAGAUGAUCUCAGGUGGGAAAGAUGAAGACAACGGAGGAUGGACGGUGAUUCAGAGGAGAAUGGACGGCAGUGUAAAUUUCUAUCGGGCAUGGAAUCAGUACAAGAGAGGAUUUGCGAAUGUGCAGGGAGAAUACUGGCUGGGGCUGGAGAACAUGUACCAGCUGACACGCAACAGGAACUACACGCUGAGAGUGGAUCUAGAGGACUUUAAAGCAAAUAAAGUUUUCGCUCUGUACUCCUCUUUCUCUGUGGGUCCUGAAGCUGCUGGAUAUAAACUGCAUGUUUCAGGAUUCAAGAAUGGAGGAGCAGGCGACUCUUUAUCUUUUCAUAAUGGACAGAAGUUCACCACCUUAGACAAAGACCAAGAUGUCCGUGCAGGUAACUGUGCCAAACUUCGUCUCGGGGCAUUUUGGUACAAAGACUGUCUGGAGACAAACCCUAACGGUGUGUACAUACGGGGUGAAGAUGGCACUCAUUUCGCUAUUGGAAAUGUUUGGUUAAAAUGGAAGAAAAACAAUGUCGGUAUGAAAUUCAUCUGCAUGAAGAUCAGACGUGUGUCAUAGAAACAUCACUGUGCUUCUCAGAAAUGAACAACAGAACAAUCAUAUUAAUGAUUAAGGAAUUCAUCUUCUCUAUUAAAUGUGUAACUGUAGUAAAUCAUGUAGGAAUAUCACUCUCAUAAACACAAAGCACUGUUAAUAAAUUGUUCUUUGUUCUGGGUCACUUCUUUUAAUGUACAACUGCAAUUAAUCAACAACUUAUACAUUUGUAAUAAACUCCUGCAUUGAAA